CUGAGGCUCCAACACCACCUUUGUUUCUGAACAAUGAACUGCUAAGAGGCCAUCUUGCCCAGGCUGGGCCUGGGCACAGGAAGGGGCCUAGGGGAAGCAUUUGGCAUGUCCAGCCUGAGCCCCAGGCCCUGGGCGGCUGGUACAGAGGAAAAUUAUAUGGCUGGGGUUUUGGCUUGGACUUCAAGGGCCAGGGGCCCAGCCUCCCUUCAGUUUGGCUAUAAAGAGUGGCCCAGGGUCUCUGUCCAGACCAGACCCUGUGCCUGACCUGUGGAUACCAUGGCUGCCACCACCACCAGCAUCCGCCAGUUCUCAUCCUCUGGCUCUGUCAAGGGCCUGUGCGUGCCUGGCGGGGGUUUCUCCCGGAUGUCCUCCGUCCGCGUCGGGGGUGCCUGUCGGGCCCCCAGCCUCCUGGGAGGCGGCAGCUGCGGCAACAUGUCCGUCACCUCGUCCCGCUUCUCGUCGGGUUUCGGGGGUGGCUAUGGCGGUGGCUACACCUGCAACCUGGGUGGGGGCUUUGGCUCCAGCUUUGGGGUGUCGGAUGCCCUGCUGGGGGGCGGUGAGAAGGAGACCAUGCAGAACCUCAACGACCGCCUGGCCUCCUACCUGGACAAGGUGCGCGCCCUGGAGGAGGCCAACGCCGACCUGGAGAUGAAGAUCCGUGAAUGGUACAAGAAGCAGGGCCCCGGGCCUGCCCGAGACUACAGCCACUACUUCAAGACCAUCGAGGACCUGCGCAGCAAGAUCCUGGCAGCUACCAUCGACAAUGCCAGCUUGGUGCUCCAGAUUGACAAUGCCCGUCUGGCCGCUGAUGACUUCCGCACUAAGUACGAGACGGAGCUGAACCUGCGCAUGAGCGUGGAGGCCGACAUCAACGGCCUGCGCAGGGUGCUGGACGAGCUGACCCUGGCCAGGGCUGACCUGGAGAUGCAGAUCGAGAGCCUGAAGGAGGAGCUGGCCUACCUCAAGAAGAACCACGAGGAGGAAAUGAAUGCCCUUCGUGGCCAGGUGGGCGGGGACGUCAGUGUGGAGAUGGACGCAGCCCCGGGCGUGGACCUGAGCCGCAUCCUGAAUGAGAUGCGUGACCAGUAUGAGAAGAUGGCCGAGAAGAACCGCAAGGAUGCCGAGGACUGGUUCUUCACCAAGACGGAGGAGCUGAACCGCGAGGUGGCCACCAACACCGAGGCCCUGCAGAGCAGCAGGACCGAGAUCACAGAGCUCCGCCGCUCGGUGCAGAACCUGGAGAUCGAGCUGCAGUCGCAGAUCAGCAUGAAAGCAUCCCUGGAGAACAGCCUGGCGGAGACGGAGGCGCGCUACGGGGCCCAGCUGGCCCAGCUGCAGGGGCUCAUCAGCAGCAUCGAGCAGCAGCUUUGCGAGCUGCGCUGCGACAUGGAGCGCCAGAACCACGAGUACCAGGUGCUGCUGGACGUGAAGACGCGGCUGGAGCAGGAGAUCGCCACCUACCGCCGCCUGCUGGAGGGCGAGGACUCCCACCUGGCCUCUCAGUAUUCCUCGUCCCUGGCCUCGCAGCCCUCCCGCGAAGCCACGGUGACAAGCCGCCAGGUGCGCACCAUCGUGGAGGAAGUCCAGGAUGGCAAGGUGGUCUCCUCCCGUGAGCAGGUCCACCGCUCCACUCACUGAUGCCCCUUUCAGCAUAUUGAAGGCCAAGGGGCAGCCAUCGCCUCCAGCUCCCAGCACGCUGCUGCCAGGCCCCAAGCGCCUGCCUGGGCCCCACCCCAUGAGCUGCUCAGCCUUUCUGUAUUUGCUUCCUGCAGCCCCCCAAUCAGGGGCCUCCUGAGUUUGCCUCGUGACUGCAAUUAAAGCUUUGCUGAAG